AAACUGCUGUUUUCUCUACAGUGUUUGCUCUCUCAGCCGAAGUUCUGGGCCAUUCAAACUUCAGCCUUACUUCUUCGGACCAAGCUUGAGAAAGGAAGCACUCGUAGAAUGGAACGAGCAAUGAAGCAGACACAGGCACUUGCAGACCAAUUUGAGGAUGCAAAUACUUCAGUAUCUGAACGCAUGAAGAUUUUCUACUGUUGUCAGGUGCCUCCACAUUGGGCUAUACAGCGUCAGCUUGCAAGCUUACUCUUUGAGCUUGGGUGCACCAGCUCAGCUUUACAGAUAUAUGAGGAGCUGGAAAUGUGGGAAGAUGCAGUAAUCUGCUAUGAAAGAGCAGGACAGCAUGGGAAGGGGUAUUGUGAGGAAAGUCCAUUUAGGAUACAGGAUGUGCAGAUCUGUUAUUACCUGUGAGUGCUACAAUGGAAGAUCUGGGAGAAUGACUACAUGAAAUAGAAAUGGAUGAAUAAGAAAUAACUUAGGAAGGAAGAAGACAGUUAAGUCUAACACGUUAAAAGAACUGCCAAGAAAACUUCUUGUCUAGAUUCAGAGAGAAGAUUGUGAGAGUGAUUUUUGAAAAUAUUAAAGAAAAAUUAACAACUACAACAAUUACAG